ACGUUUGCCCGCAUGUGUUUGUCUGUUAAUGGCAGGACACAUGUUCAGACAGGAUGUGAUGCCUGAGGGAGGCAGCUGAGCUCCUUUUACACAGUUCCUCUGUUCUCAGAGCCUUUAGUCGCAUUAUUGGAAACGGUUUUGCUGUAGAUUGUUUCAUUCCGUUGUGCUCCUCACCCACGUAUCAUUUUACAGCUCUGGUUUAGUCGAACUGUGACCGGCAGCGCUGAUGAUCCAUCCUCUGGAAAUAACACGUCUUUGUCUACAUCUCAAUAAAAGACUAACUAAUGAACUUCUCACCCAUGUUAAGAGUGUUAUAGAAAAGAAGACAACACACUGUUCAACAGAGGCUUCAUGCUGCUUUUACACUUAAAAAAAUUAAUUCAGUUAAAGAAAUGAUACAAAGAAGAGGCUGCGCCAGCAUCAGUAACAGGUGUUUAGGAAGUGUGUUCAUGCGCCAGAGCAACAUCUCUAUUUCUGCCACAGGAUGAGGAGAAGGAGGAAGCCGUCAUCCGCACCAUAAAGUUCAACCUAUCGAACGUCUGCCAGCAAAAAGAGAAGAAAACUGACCACAUCAUCAAUGGAGACGAACAGGAGAAGCCUCCUGCUCUUUCUUCUUCUUGCUCUUCUUCACGCCUGCGCUGCCGACUGCCCGCUCACAGACGCCGAGUUCACCUGCUACACUGACUACAACCGCAUCAUCACCUGUGUGUGGAACAGCACACGUGCAUCUGUCCACACAGACUCCGUGUGCACAGUAGACGCUAAAAAGAAAAACUCCUCACCCUCAUCCAAGUUUUCACACAGAAACUGUACGCUGGAACCUGUGGAUGCGUUCGAAGCAGCAGUGAUGAGCUGCUCCAUGGACCUGAGGAAAAACAACGCCUUGAAGCAUCGUGAAGAAUGGUCCAUUGCUGUGAAGUGCAGUGAUUCAGAUCAGACACUGAACAUUAACUUUAAACCCGUCUGCAGCAUAAAACUGAACCCUCCAGAAAAACCAGCUGUCAACUUCACCACUGUUUCCCUGACGAUACAAAGCCCCACCGAUGCAAACAUUAAGUGUGUGGAGUCGGAGCUGCAGUGGAAACAAGAGGAUCAGUCAUGGAAUGAUCCGUCUGUGAAGACAGUGUCCAAACCCUGUAAAGUCCUCUGUGAGACGGAGCUGCUGCCCAAGGAGCUUGUUAAAGGACAGAGGUAUGAGGCACGGGUCCGAGCGCUGGUCUGUAACAAGGACCCGUUUAAGUCCAUCUGGAGCGACUGGAGCUCAACUACGUCAUGGGUGUCGCCCGUAGGAAAAGCAAAAGCUCCAGACGCCGGUGGGGACGUGUGGGUGAUGAUCAUCGCAGGCGCGACGAUGUCGUUUGCAGUGUUUCUGUUUGUUGUGUUUGUCAGGACCAACAGAACCACCUGGGUGGUGGACAGCCUCAAAGUGUCGCCCAUCCCAAGCCCAGAAGCAUCCUUGCUGCAGCAGAACUGGAUGAGGCCUCAUUUCACCAGCGACUCCUUCCAUUCCUUCCUUAAACGGGAGGAAAUCCUCUGCGUGGAGGUGAGCUCUGCUGUGGAUGCUCUUGUGCCCUUUACGCCAGAGGCAGCGUCUCUAGAGAAGGCGAAACGUGAGCGCAGCUCUGAUUCGGGCAGUUCCAGCUUCUCCAACCCCAGUUAUUCCCAUCUGUGCUCCCCACCUCCCUUCUCCUCGCUCAGCGCUGGGAAUCUGCAGCCCUGCGCUGCUGAUUCACCUUAUGGGCCUGUUGUGAAUCAAGGCGCCAGCGCAGAGCAGAAGCGGGAGGAUGAAAGCAGGAAGGAACUGGAGAUCCUGCUGUUGCUUUCCACAGGCGACAAAGGCAACGAGUCAGUGCCGGUUAUUUCAGAGUAUGAGAAGGUUGAGAAAGUCCAGGUGGAACGCAUGAGACUCCAGAGUCUAGAUUCAUUUGUAUGCAGUGAGGAGGUCAGUCAAGAAAGCCUGGAGUCAGACAGCAUCAAUGGGACCAACAGCCUUGAUGAGGAGGCCCUGGACAAGGAGGAGGAGGAGGAGGAGAGAGGGAACGAUGAAGAAGUAGAGCUAAAAAAGCUGUUUAGAGGCAGUGGAGGGAUUUUUGGCAAAGGCUCCAUUCAGGUUUGUUCCGGUUAUGAGCGAGUACAGAAGCUGCAGGACGACAGCUUGGAGCUACCUAGCUUAGAUUCUGGCGUUAGCAGUGGAGGCGAGGAGCAGGUGAGUCAGGAGGAUGUCGCCAAGGCAACCAACUCCAGCAGCUUCCUGUUCGCUCCAUCCUCUCCUCUACUCUGCCCCACGCCUUCCUCCACACACCUGAAGCUCCCAGAACCAUGUAGACCAGAUCUACAAACUCUGAUAAAUCAUAUGAUGGAGAAGAAAGCUUUGAUGUCAGAAUCCAGCUCAAUGGAGCCCCCCGGUGAUGGAUACAUGCCAGCGAGGCAGGAGGUUAGUUAGCAUAAACACAUGGUCUGUUCAGUGUGUUGAACGGUGAAUUCUGUGAUAAGUAUAAGACAGCUAAACAAAAACCAUGUUCUCAUUUAUGUGGCAAGACGUGUGUGUAUUUAACAGUGAAUGAGGGGUGAUUUAAAAUGAAUGUAACCUUUUUUGGAGUUUAGUCCUCUAAAGAGGUAAAAUUGUGGUAUUUUUAUUUAAAUCGUAAAACUGGAACGAUAUGAAAAUUUCCAGGCACUACCUCGUACAUGUUUACUUAUUUCAUAUACCAAUUUUAUUUUACAGAUCUACAAAUAAAUGUAUAUUUUACUUAUAUUAUAAGUAAUAUUACUACUUCUUAUUAGUAUUUAUUUACUUUAUUAUUAUUAUUAUUAUUAUUAUUAUUAUUAUUAUUAUUAUUAUUAUUAUUAUUAUUAUUAUUAUUAUUAUUAUUAUUAUUAUUAUUAUUACUUACUUACUUACUUACUUACUUACUUACUUACUUACUUACUGCCCUCUACUGACCAAAACUUGACUUGAUUAUCUUGAUUGGCAGCUAUUUUAAAAUGUCCUGAUUGACUUUUAGAUUAUUUAUGUUUUGUGCUGCUGCUUUUUACUUUUGUUAUAAAAAUAUAUACUUGCAUUUCAAGCAUGAGACUUUUGGAGAAAACUGUUUGCUCAUGUAUUUUGUUUUCCUGUUAUUGUCCUCUGUUAUCAAGAAUGCAAAUAAAAAAAAAUAAGGCAAA